CCAAAUCCAAGAGUCAGGGGUAGACUUCCUCUCAACCUGUCCUCUCUCUGGUAAUCUGGUACAAAUGGCUUGUGAGUCCAAGCGUCAAAAUGGAGUUGAUAGAAUCAGUGAAUUGCCGGAUGCAGUUCUUUGCCACAUACUUUCCUUUCUUCCUUCAAUAUAUGCUAUGUGGACCACUGUUCUGUCUAGGAGAUGGAAUAAUUUAUGGACAUCUCUUCCAAACCUUGGCUUUGAUAACAAAGAUUUUCCUACAAAUCAUACAAUGUCUUCGAUCCAGUCCUUCAAUCGUUUUAUGACUGCUGUUGAAGAUGCACUUUCCCUUCACCGCUUAUCAGACAUUCGAAAGUUUUCUCUUUCCAUUUCUGUAGUACACUUCAGUGUCGAGGAUCUCUCUCGAAUCAAUAAUUUGAUUUGUUCUGCCAUUAGGCAUAAUGUUGUCGAAAUGAAUCUUUCUUUCUGGGCUGAAGAUUAUAUGAAGGAUCCUUUUGUACUGCCUCAAAGCCUUUUCAUGUGCCCAACACUGGAGGAUCUGACAGUCUUUUCAGAUUUUAAUACUUGUGCUCCAACCGCAACAGGGAGUCUCCCAAGUCUCAAGGUUCUCCAUGUUUCAGUUUUAUGGUCUGAUGAGAAUGCACCAGAAUCUUUUUUUCGGAACUGCCCUGUACUUGAAGAUUUAACUAUAGCUGGAAGAAUCUGUUUUCAUGACAUUGACUAUAUCAAUAUCACUGCACUUGCAUUGAAGAGGCUACGAAUAUCGUUGCGCUGUUUCAUUGAAUGGUAUGAUAGUUGGUACACUUUUUCUAUUUAUGCUCCAAGCAUGGAAUACUUUGAACUCGAGGAGGAUGCUUUCUCAAAUUAUAUUUUCAAGAGUACUAAAUCUCUAGUCAAAGCCAAAGUCCAUUUUCUUGACGAAAUUCAAUACCAAGAUGAGAUGGGAGUCUUUUAUGAUAAAGAUCCUGGAUUCGCGAAUCGUGCAACUGUGUUGCUGGCAGGAAUUUCCAAUGUUGAAUAUCUGUCUCUUGAUAACCAGCCUCAUUGUAUGGAGGCUUGCUAUGUGCCUGCUUUGGAAAAUCUGACCAAAUUGAAGCUGGUUCUUCGUGACUGCUACCACUGGGAAUUGCUUACAGAGUUGAUCAUCAGAUCCCCUAAACUGAAAUAUCUUGUCUUAGAGCAUAUUCACACCAAUGUGGAUAACAAAUACCCAGAGGAAUCAGAAAGUCGAUGGAAUCCACCAGACUUUGUGCCUAUUUGUUUGCUCUCACGCCUUAAGACAAUCAAAAUAAGGGGAUUCAAAGGAAAGCGUGAUGAGAUGGAAGUGGCACAAUAUUUGCUACAGAACAGUGAUGUUUUGAAUGAGAUGGCUAUUAAUACAGGUGAUCUUCAGUGCACAAAGGAGGAGUUAAUUGAGGAAUUUGGUAUGUUUCAAAGGGGUUCAAAGGAUUGUAAAGUUCUCUUUAGUUAAAGGCUUUGUGUAGUUCUUUUAUGCUGAAUGCUUGUGAAGUUGAAUUCAUGAUAUGCAAUUUUAGUUGCUACUGUUGAAGGAUGUUGAAUUAUAGUGUGCCUCUUCAAAGUAGGGUUUAUUUUCUAGAGUUGUAAUAGGAGAAGGUUCUAGAUUUCCUAGUUAUAUUCAGAUUCUAUUACCUCGUAUGUACUUUGUAAUUCCCUAUAUAAAGAGCUCCUAUUAUCAAUAAUAGA